UAUGAACAUAAACCAGCAAGCUUACUUUUCAAAAGUAAGACCUUGGGUAUUCCCAAAUAUGUUUGAAAAGAGGAGCAUUGACAUAUCUCCAGAAAGAAAUGAUGAAUUUGUGAAACAAUUGACAAACCAACUUAACUUCAUUGCAGGAUUCAUUUCAAAACAAAAGAAAUCAUAUAAUGAAAUUGUUGAUUUAAAGGCUGGUCUCUUUUUUAAAGAUCGAGAAAUGUUUACAAAAGAGGCAGAAGAGGAAUGCAAAAAGAAAUAUGCAACAUUUCAACAAUCUUUACUUGACAUCUAUCAACAACAAUGUGAAAUGUUUCUUGAUCUCAACAAUUAUGAUAACCUGUUUAUCUUUAAGAGAUAUGUCAAUGAUAGACAAUUAAAGAAAGCUUUAAGUACUAUAAAGAAGGAAUACAGCUCUGAGGAAAAUUUCAACAAUUUUCAAGAAAAGGUUAUAGAAUUUUUUUCAGAGGCUAAUUCUUCUGCUUCUAAUUCUCAAGAAGAAAAUAAAAUAAAUAAAAAUAUUGAAGAAACAGAAACAGAGGAAACUGAUAUACAUAAGACUCUUGAUAAUCUACAUUGUCCUGAAAUAAUUGAAAAGCAAAAUGAUAAAGAAAAUACAACAGAAAUAACUAAUAAUGACCAGUCAAACCAAGAAGCUACAAUAGAAGAGUAUGUUGAAAUUGAACAAGAAGAUCAUAGCAAUAAUGAGGAAAUUGUAACAAUUGUACCAAUAAAGCAUAUUUCAAAUGUUAGAAAGGAAGAAAUACAAAAAAUAUUACAAGUAACUGAUCAUUCAAGAAAGUUUACAAACACUCAAGUUCUAAAUAGAAAUUAUUACAACAGAGAUUUGAAACUUUCUGAAAUGUUUUCUAAAAUUGGAUUCAAUUUUAAAACAGAAACUGAAGCAAAAAAUCAUGCAAAGCUUCUCAAACCAAUAAAAGAAAUAAAUUCUGACAUUAUGAUUUUGGGAAAUAGCUCAUUUAGAGAUGUCAAUAUUAAAAAUUUAUGCUCUUUAAAACUAUUAAAUGAUUUAGAGAACUACAGUUUAACAGUUGUUAACAUCAGUAAAUUGUUAGCAAUAGAUUUGGAAGAAAUUGUUGGAAAAUGGAACUUGGAUUUUAAAAUUCUUAUUCUUCAUGUAAACCUAAAUGGAGUUGAAGUUGAUAGUUUUUUAAAUUUAGUAAAUGGAAAAUUUACUGAUUCCAAAAAAAUCAUAUGCUCAAUUCCUUACACAAAUAGAGAACAUAUACCAAAACCAGAGGAAUUUACAAAAUUGCAGCAAUUUGGUUUGAAAAUAUUGGAUCUGACAAACUUGGAAUCUUUGGGAUAUAAAGAAAAUCCUACAGGAAAGUCAAAAGGGAAGCAUUUAACAAAAACUGCACAGGAAUUUUGUAUCAAUUUAUGCCUAAAAUGCUGUUCUGAAAGCUUAAAUGGAAACCAGGUAGAAAAUUUCUCUAUUUACAACUUCAAUAGCAAUAAGUACAUUGUUAAUUUAAGUAAAUAUGAAAUUCCCAGAGAUGUUGAGGAAUUCUUAAAUUUAGGUUUAAAGUUUACUUUUCACCAACAAAGUAAAAGCAAUUGGCAAAAAAUAUCUACAUUAAAUUUAGAGGAAUUUUUUAAAAGGUUGAUUUUCGUUGAUAAACAUAUUGAAGGUGAAAGUGAACCUUUAGUAAAAGAUUGGAGACCAAAGAAACAAAAAUCAGAAUUAACACAAUCAUUUUCAGACAUUUUUUUAGAUGACUGUAUAAAAGAUUUUAAAAUUGAUUGUAAAAGGUAUUUGAAACAAUUUCAAUUCAAUAACAUCAACAACCCUAAAAAUAAUAAAAACUUUAAACUCAACAAUCAGACACUAAUGGAAAGUUUAAAAUCAUUUUUCUCAUUAGACAUUAUAAUAAAAUCUUCUGACAAAGGAUCAUGCCUUGUUAUUCAGAAUAGAGAGGACUACUUAAAAAUGUGUCAACAUCUAAUAUCUGAUGAAGAACAAUAUUGCCUUUUAACAAAUGGACAUGUUUUUACUAAACAAAAUAUUAAAUACUAUAAAGAUCUACUGAAAAAGUAUAAAUAUUGUAUUGAAAGUAGUCACUUAAAUGCACUAUUGGACUCAUUAAAAGAUUGUAAACCAAGAAAUUUCUAUGCUCUUCCAAAAAUUCAUAAGGAACAACAAACUGAUUGGAUUGUACCCUUUUCAAUUCCAAAAGGCAGACCAGUAAUUUCAUGUUUAAAUAGUGAAACUUAUGAAAUAUCAAGAUUUAUUCACCAUCUACUCUAUCCAAUAAGUAAACUUCAUCCUUCUUUCAUUGAAAAUAGUACAGAUAUUUUACACCAUCUUCAAGAUUUAAUAAUACCAAAUGAUGCCCUUCUAAUUACAAUGGAUAUAAAAAGUAUGUUCUCUAUAAUUGAUACACAUUCUGGAUUAAAUGCUAUUGAAUAUUUCCUUGAGAAAUAUUCACCAUUUGGAAAAGACAAUCAGAUAUUCAAAGAAUUUAUAAUCAAUACUUUGAAAUAUAGCCUUCACAGAAAUCACUUUCUAUUCAAUGGACAAUUUUAUUUGCAAAAACUUGGUUGUGCAAUGGGUCAAAGUUAUGCUCCUGCCUAUGCAAAUAUUUGGAUGGCUUGGAUAGAAGAAACUAUAAUAGCCAACUUUCAACCAUUUCCUUUUUUAUACAAAAGAUAUUUAGAUGACAUUUUUAUUAUUUGGACAGAUUCAAAAAAAGAAUUUGAUAUAUUCUAUGCAAAGAUCAACAAUAUAAAAAAGAAUUUAAAAUUUAAAGUUCAAAUUGAAAAAUCUAAAAUUUCUUUUUUGGAUUUGACAUUCUUCAAAGGAACAAAAUUUCUUCAAACUGGAAAACUUGACUAUUCUAUACACUUUAAAAAUUGUGAAACAUUCAAUUUAUUAAAUAGAAAUUCUCUACAUCCUCCCUACACUUUUAAAGGAAUUUUAAAAGCACAAUUUCAAAGAUUUUACAUAAAUAGCUCUUCUCCCUUCCUUUACAAUUACACUUGUGAACUUGUAAAAAAAUCUCUACAAAGACAAGGCUAUUCCCAUAAAGAAAUUAAAACAGCAAUAAAAAAAGUAAGAAGGACCAACUUAAAAAUGACCAAAGUUAAUUCUGUAAUAAUUCCAAAGGAUAACCAAAUAUUUUCAACAAUUCUCAAAGAAAGAAUUUUAGAUAUUUCAGAUAAGAUUCUUAUUGGAGAUGGUAACAGAGUUGUUAGAAGAAGAAAUACAAUUGAUUUGAAUGAUCAACAACAUUCAGUUCUGUUCAUUAUUCACUGUAAAGAAUGCCAGAAAAAUAUGAUAGCCUAUUUACAACCUGAUUUUGGAAAGCACAUCACCAAUAUACUAUUAAUGAACUUGACAAAGUUAAAUAAUGAUUGUCUUUCAGAAAAUUUACUUAAUCAUGAUCAUCUCUACAAAAAUGUUAGAAAAAAUAUUCUACUCUUUCCAUUGGAACAAAUCAGAGAUACUUCAAUUUUAUUAAAUCAUAUUCAACAAUUAGUCUACAAGGAGAAUAUAAAGAAUAUAUUUUAUCAUCCUUUUGGACUUGCAAAAUUUACUGUAAAUCCUCCAUUUAGAAAAAUUCCUCUAAUAUUACCUUACAAAAAAAAUCUUUCUCCUUUAAUAACAAUGCCAUAA